CCCACCAGCCCAGACCUUGGGCACCAGCAGGCUCCUCCUCCCCAACGCGCAGGCCCUUAUCAGGAAGCAAUUUGGGUUGGUGAGGAGGGGGAAGUCCGAGGCCCCAGGCUCGGCAAGGUGGGUAGGAGAGAUAGGGAAGUGGGGAGGGGGCCGUGGGGCCCGGCUGGGAGGGCCCGCGGAUGGAAGAAAUGCCCAGAGCCAGUGCUGUCCUUGCUGGCCUGGCUCUUGACAUGGUUCCAGAGCUGUUCCUGCCUUCCCUCCUUGCCGGGCAAGCCGCCCGCACCUUUAAUUAGCAAGCAGCAACCUUGCCCCGAUUCAGCACAGUCGCUGUUUAAUUAGCCGUGCACAAGGCGCCCCUACCCCCAGCUCUGGGUGGAGCAGCCUGCCUUUCUCACGGAGGCUGCCACCACUUCAUGGUGUCCCCUGUCACACGCCCCCCCCCACUUAUUCUGCUCCCCAGAAGGGGGGAUGGGGCGGGCACGCCUGGCUGAAACCUCAAGGAGAUUCUGGGCACUGCCGCUUGUAUUCAAAGCAUCCAGCAAACAUUAUUAGGGCUUGGAGUCUGCGCCUGGCUGGCGCUGGGCGGAACCCAGGCUGCAUGGGGGCGGCGGCCUCGGUCCUGCCCACCGGCUCCGAAACGGCUUUUCCCUUUGGGAGGUGCCCAACACCUCUCCAGCUGGUCCCAGGGUGUUGGGAAAAGCCUAAUAAUCCUCCCUGUUGCUCCGUUCUCCCCGCCCCCAUCCACACAGGGACGACCAUUUCUUCCUUUCCCUCCCUGUCCCAGAGCGCAGCUAGCCCCCACCCCAGAAGGCGACCUCCUCGAGGAUGGAGAGGACCCUCCUCCACCCCCGCCUCCCCAGGGGUCAGAUCAUGGAGGCCCAGGCUAAGGCUAUGGGCAAAGGGAGGUGGUGGGGCAUCUCAGCGCCCCUCUGGGAAGUGGGGGUGCACAGCAGAGAGCCCACAGACUGGAGCCGAACCGGCUGCCCUCUGCUUCCCAGCAGCAGGGUGGGGCCGGUGGUGGCCCUGGGAGCGGUGCCUCACACCCUUCCGGGCGGAGCCGGGGAGUCACCGCCUCAGCGCAGCCAGCUGGAGGCAGGAGGCUUGGGUUCCAUCCCAGCCCUGCACCUCAGUCGGUCCUGUGGCUUCAGGCAAAUCAGCUGCCCUGGGGCCUCAGUGUCCUGCCCACAGAAGGGUGCUGGCCCCCCGGCUCUGGUGUGGACUAAGGACACGGAAGGACUGGCCUUUAUUCUGGUAUGGAGGGAAGCCCUGGAGUCCGUCCACUCUGGUACUAACCAUCUGUGUGGCCUCGGCCUGCCACCAAACUGUGCUGUGCCUCAGUUUCCCCAUAAUUAGUAGCUACCUCUUGGGCUGUCCUGAGGAUUAAAUGAUUUACAAUGUUUAGCGCACUCAGAACAGUGCAUGACGGAGGGAGUCCUUAGUAAUCAUUGGCUGCUUUUGCCAAUAUUUCCCCUCCUUUUACCGAUCAAUAUUUAUUGCCAGGUAGGAGGGACUUGGUGAGUAAGUAUGGCAACCUCUCUGCUUCUCAGAGUUUUCCUUCCAGUGGGGGAGGCAGUUGAAAACAAGUAAAUAAAUAAAGGAAAGUACAAUUUUAUCUGAACAAAGUCUGCAGUUUAGUUAAUGGUGAUGUGCCAGGGUUAAUUUCUUAGUUUUGAUACAUGUACCAUGGUCAGGUUAGGUGACGAUGUGACAUGAAGAAGACUGGAUGAAGUGUAUAUGGGAACCCUCUGUACUGUCUUUGCAAUUUUUCUGUGAAUCUAAAAUUCCCCCCAAAAAAGUUUAUUUAAAAAACACAGUUUCAGGGGCGCCUGAGGGGCUCAGUCAGUGAAGCAUCUGCCUUAGCUGAGGUCAUAAUCCUGGGGUCCUAGGAUCGAGCCCUGCGUCAGGCUCUUUGCUCAUCUGGGGAGCCUGCUUCUCCCUCUCCCUCUCUCGCUCCCCCUGCUCAUGCUCUCUUGUGUUUUCUCUCUCUCCCUGUCAAAUAAAAUAAAACCUUAAAAAAAUUCUCAAUUUCAGGUAAUGGUAAGUACAAUGCAGAAAACAAACGGGGGGGGCCACUUUAGACGGGGUGGUCUAGGAGGGCCUCUGUGAGGAGCUGACACUUGGGAGAAACUGAGUGAUGGGAAGAAGCCAACGUCAGGGAGAUGAGGGAAGGGACCGGCAAGUGCAAAGGCCGGGAGGCCUGUUGCCCUGGGAGGUUUGCAGUCCACCUGCAGGGUGGGAGAGGCUCGUGGGGGAGAUGAGCUCAGAGGAAGAGGCAGCUUCCCUUCAACAUCAUUUUGCCCUUUCAGAGGACAGGAAGCAGGGAUUUGUACCCGCACUCUAAUACCUCAUUUUUUUUAAAAAGAUUUUUUUUUUUUAAAGAUUUUUAUUUAUUUGAGAGAGAGAGAAUGAGAGAUAGAGAGCACGAGAGGGAAGAGGGUCAGAGGGAGAAGCAGACUCCCCGCCGAGCAGGGAGCCCGAUGUGGGACUCGAUCCCGGGACGCCAGGAUCAUGACCUGAGCCGAAGGCAGUCGCUUAACCAACUGAGCCACCCAGGAGCCCUAAAAAAAGAUUUUUUAUUUAUUUGAGAGAGAGAGCCAGAGAGAGCACGAGCAGAGGGUAAGGGCAGAGGCAGAAGCAGACUCCCCACUAAGCAGGGAGCCCAAUGUGGGACUUGGUCUCAGAACCCUGGGACCAUGACCUGAGCCGAAGGCAGAUGCUUAACUGACUGAGCCACCCAGGCAUCUAUACCUCCUUUUUUUUAGGUAAGCUCUAUGCCCAACAUGGGGCUUGAACUCAUGACUUUGAGAUCAAGUCACAUACUCCACUGACUGAGCCAGCCAGGCCUUCCUCUAGUACGUCACGUUAGUCCUUACAGCUACCCUGUGGGGCAGUGUGAUUACCUCACUUACAAGUGAGCCAGUGGGCAGGUGGAGGGAUGGAGACUCGGCUGGCCCCCUGUCACAUGCCUAUGCUCAGAAGGAGAUGCCUCCUGGCUCUUAAGGUCACGCUGGGGUCUUGCUGGGGGACAUGGAGUGGGCUGGAAGACAGGGCCUGGACAAGGCCUGGGUGUGGCUACGGAGGGGUGGGGAAGCCAGGACUAGCGGAUGGGGUCUCUGGCCAGCAUGAGACCCUGUGUCAUGACAAGGGAGCACCUUUGUUUUUUUGGGUUUUUUUGUUUUUAAAAGAUUUUAUUUAUUUAUCUGAGAGAGAGAAUGGGAGACAGAGAGCAUGAGAGGGGGAGGAUCAGAGGGAGAAGCAGACUCCUCGCUGAGCAGGGAGCCCGAUGUGGGACUCGAUCCCGGGACUCCAGGAUCAUGACCUGAGCCAAAGGCAGUUGCUUAACCAACUGAGCCACCCAGGGGCCCCAGGGAGCACCUUUGUAUGACAGUUAUAUAACCCACUUUGGUAAUAGUAAUAUCACAUGUAUGUAAUACAAAAUUCUGAAAGUAUAAAACAACAUAUAGGACCAAGUUAGGGUCCCCCACCACCCACUUUUCCUCCCCAGAGGUGUCCUCUGAGACCGUUUCUUGUGUAUCCUUCCAGAGCUGGUCUGGAUGAUAGCACUUUGACCAUAACACCAGCAAACAAUCAGCAGGCCCCAUGACACCACCUGGCAGAAAGCUCUAGAUACAUGGUUGUCUUUUUUUAAUCUUCAUACCAGCCCUUGCUGGAUGUGUAUCAAGCUCUCCGUUUUAAGUCAGAGUAAACUGAAGCACUGGCAAGUUGUCACUCACCCAAGGCUGCUCAAACGUAAGGAUUCCCUGACAGCACUGUACAGAUGAGGAUACUGAGGCACAGAGAGGUUAUGUAACCAGCCCCCAGGUGACCCGGUGAGCAGGUUGAGGAGCCAGGACCUGAGUCCAGCGGUCUCACUCCAGAACCCACACCCCCUGACCACUGCACUGUACCGGGAGAAACGACCCCAACUCUGGAGUCUGCCAGACCCAGGAGUGAUGCCCUUUGCUGCCUAGCCUCGUGGCCUUGGGCAAGUCACUCUUCCCUGCAGUCUGGCCCCACGGAGGACAGAGAGCGGGAGGCCUGCCUCUCAGAUGGCUUGGGGAGCAGUGCGAGCAGUGGGAGAGCUCUGGACACUGCUCCUCCCCCUCUCCAGUGGCCCUUCCCAUGAUGGGCAGGAGGAAGGGCGCAGCUGGGUGGCUGUUCAGGGUGCCGGGAACUCAGGUGGGGCCUUCCUUCCCUGCAGCUGUGCAGACAGAGCUGGGGGCCUGCCCAUGAGAGAGAGACUCUCCCCUACCUCCCAGCACACAGCCACGCUGCUGCCCAGGAAUUCUGGGGAGUCAGGAGAGGGGAGGGGAAAGGGGUUUCCAAAAGGUUCGUGUGAUGUCUCCCCCUGCCCCCGCCAACAGGCUGAGUGCCAGCACCCUUCAAGGUGAGUGGGGGGCUGGAGCAGGAUGCAGGGAGGAGGCUACAGCCAGGAGUGGGCAACAGUGACACAAAGAUAAGGGGCUUAGCUCAGGGGCACCUGGGUGGCUCAGGUGUUAAGCGUCUGUCUUCGGCUCAGGUCAUGAUCCCAGGGUCCUGGGAUUGAGCCCCGCAUCAGGCUCCCUGCUCAGCGGGAAGCCUGCUUCUCCCUCUCCCACUCCCCUUGCUUGUGUUCCCUCUCUCGCUCUCUGUCAAAUAAAUAAAAUCUUUUAAAAAGGGGGGGUGCUUAGCUCAGGUGCCAGCUUAGGCUGGGUUCCUGGGGAUCUUCACGCUGACAGGGUCACCUCAGGCUGGUGGCUGGCCUUCAGCUUGGCAGGCUCAGAAAAGUGAUUUAUCAACCUGCCUGCCCCCCAGGGAUGAUCAGAUUGGUGGGGGCUAAAAUAACCAGAUUCCACUAUGUGGGCCAGACCCUUAGGGGCCAGACUAUAUCAGUUUCCCCUCCAGUUCCCUUCCUCACACCCCAGGCCCUGAGAACCUGGGUUAGUAAUGAGAAGGGGGCUCUGGGAUGGAGGCAUGGACCAGGGUCUUGGAGCAAUGCCAGCCAGGGAUACAUCCCAGCAGAACGGCACCGUGGAGUGGGGAGUGCUGGGACCAUGGAGGCAAAACCAGGCUGGGGGUGACUCCCAGCUCUCCUGUGUCCCUGGGUAUGUUACCUCACCACUGCGAGCCUCAGUUUCCCCAUCUAUAAAAUGGGGCUGUUAUCAGAACUGAGAUCUCAUGGUAAAGAUAGAGCUUCUGACACAAUGCACAAUCUGUAGUAGGUGCUCAGUAAACGUCACUCUCCUCCACAUACUGGCUGAGCAAUCUCAUUUUCCAAAACCUAUAGGGAGACAAACUUUGGCGCUUGUCCUGUGUUCACACAGCCGUCUGGGAUAUGUACUUUGGUUGCCAAAUGUUAGACUUGCUGGAACAUUUACACAGAGAUGGAAGAGAUGAUUUGCAAGUGGUGCUGUCCCUGCUAGUGGGGCCUGGUGGUCACCAGGGCGUCCCGCAUAGGUGCCAGGAGACUCUGGAGCCUGAGACACCUCUCCCUUCCUGAGGCAGGGCUUGCCCAACCCCCAGAGGCUCUUUUUGGCAACUCCUUUUUCUAGAAGGCUCCUGGAAGAUGCCGCCGUCUGUCCUGAUAAUGUCUGGGCGUUGCGUGUGGUCUGUAAGAGCCGAGGCUGCUGUAGCAAGUGGAAGGGAGCUGGGUCCGUCCUUGCUGGGUGUCCCCAAGGGGCCUUCACACUCCGAUCCUCCUGGACCGGGGGGCAGGACUGAGAGCAUAUGGCUGGGCAGCGCUCUCCUGCGGGCCAGCGCCACCGUGCUUGAAACCCGGAAGGGGCUUCUCAAGCGCAGGGAUGGUGAUCUUUAGAAAACCUUCUAUCUUUUCUGUGAGGUGGAAACUGUGAGCUAGAAAUGACCUUGACAUCAGUGUUUUUCCAGGAAGAUGCUAAAUUGAUAUUGGGCAGAAAAGGACAUUCGUGGUCAAAUAAAUGUGGGAAAACACCAACAUGAACAUCUGCUGGGUUUCCUCACCGCAGGGCAUCUCGGGUCCAUCCGUGUGCGAGGCUGAAGGGCAAUGGCAGCCAGGCCUGUUUGACGGGGAGGUGCCUUUCAAUUAUCUUUUCAAAAAGCAUCUUGAGAUGCUCAGAGGGGAACCGAGACUCAGAGAGGGAUAGGAAUUGCCCGCGUCACCCGGCAAGGAGAUGGUUGAAAAACCUCCUCAACGUCUAUGUGUCCAGAAUUCAAACCAACAAACAAAAAAACUAUUCUAAACCAUUAAAAGGCCAAAGAUAGAGGGUAGGAAAAGUGCCUAGCUCAGGGUCCAGCACCCAGGAAGCGCUUGAAUGGCCUUCUCCCCUCUCCCACCCGAGACCUUGUUGAUCACCGGUCUGGGUAUGCGAGGGACCCAGUGCUCAUCAGGCUCAGGUGCAAGAGCAUCCUGGGAAGACAUCUGUGGGCUCCACGAGGCAGCCUGACUGCAGGCCUGGGGCUCACAGGACCCUCACCCACUUUGGUGGCUGCAUGUCCAAGGUGGCCGUCUGCCAGGAUCCAGGGGCCUUCCCCGCCUCCUGGGGUGGAGGUAGGCCCAUCUUGCAAGGUAAAUGGCUCAGGUUUCACAUACUUCCAGACUAGGAAACCUGCUUCUGCUGCUGCGGCCACCAAAGCCUGCUCUCUCUGCCUCUGGCCUUGGGGAGAAAGGGCCACAGCUGGUUCAGGAAGAGGCUCCAGACCCAGCCUGAGACUAUCCCCCGGACCUGACCACCACCGGCCAGCCUCCCAUGAGCGCCCAGCCCAGCCCCGCCUUGAGCUUCCAGACACGUGGCCAGGCUCUUUUCUUUUUUAAAAUUUAGCAUGACGCACAUAUUUCAGGAAAAUGUUCUCAUUGUAAUAUCUCAACCAUUAAUAAAAUGUAGCGAAUGAAAACCCAAGUAAUUCCCCUGCAUUUCCUGAGCUGCAUUCCCGUCAGGUAUUACUGGCAGUUAGUGGGUAUUCUUUUGAACCUUCUUACUAUCGUGUGUGUGUAUGUAUCUGCAUCUCUUCCUCUGCAUGUACACGUCUAUCUCUAGCUGGAACUACACCUUUGUCUGUAUCCGGGCCAACUGUGUAUGCAGAGGUGCUGGGCCAGUGGUAACAUUCUGUAUAUUUUGUUCUGCAAGGUGCCUUACUUUUCACUGAAUGUACAGUGGAUGUUGCUUUGGGUCAGUACAUAUACAACCACCUUCUUUUUAAUGGCUGAGCAGUAUUCCAUCACGUGAGCUGACCCAUCAUUUCUCUGUCCAGUCCCUUACUGAGCAUUUAGAUGGUUUCUAUCGUUUUGCUUCCACCAUCAGCCUUGGGCAGGCCUCAUUGUGCAUUGAGCGAUUUCUUCAGGACAGGCACCUGGCUCACCUCCCAGCACUACUGGAGGGCCUGGGUACCGCAUCCGCGAUAAGUACUAACAAAGGGGCUGGGUACUGGGGCUGGGUACCGCAUUUGCGAUAAGUACUAACAAAGGGGCCGGGUACUGGGGCUGGGUACCGCAUCCGCGAUAAGUACUAACAAAGGGGCCGGGUACUGGGGCUGGGUACCGCAUCCGCGAUAAGUACUAACAAAGGGGCCGGGUACUGGGGCUGGGUACUGCAUUCGCGAUAAGUACUAACAAAGGGGCCGGGUACUGGGGCUGGGUACCACAUUCGCGAUAAGUACUAACGAAGUGCAGCCCGGGGAAGCCAGAGCUGAGGACAUAGACUGCCUGUUCCUGUGCACAUCACCAGCGCUGAGCUGCCCAGUGUGUCACAUUUUUCUGUCAGACCGUCUCUCCCCAGCAGAAUCCUUACCUCCCAAGCCUCCAGUCGUUCCACUGGGAUGGCUUUUGAAACCUGGAUUACGGGGAACUUUCCAGCCAUCUUGGUUUGUCCUGCUACUGAGUGGCUUCCUGCCUGGGGUGAUAUCAGGGAGAAGGGGGGGAGACCCCCCAGUCCCCACCUUUCUCCCCCAUUUAAAGGAAGAGGCAGCGUGGGGAAGGCCCUGCCCCUUGAGUGAGCUCUUUUUCCCAAGGCUUCCUGCCACACGGGCAGCAUGGGACAAAGGGCGGGCUUGCAGGUGGAAAGCACAGGGGGAACCAAAAGAAAGAGAACCAUAAUAACGGCCUAUUCCUUACUCCUGCGCCUCAGGUGCCCCUGGCCCCACACAAGCCAGAGACACAGCCCGCAAUAGGCGCUGCAGUGACCCCCACCUCGCAAGUGAGGGAGCCGAGGCGCCGAGGGAGGGGGAGCAGGAUUGGAACUCGGACCAAGACAGCCCCAGAGUCCAGGUCC